AUGCCAGACGUAGAGAAUCUCAACCCUAAGGAGGUUUCUCCUGGGGAUGAGGCGAUCCCUCAUAAAGACAUGCCUUCAAUUACGAAAAAGGAUCGACCUACCUUAUCCCAAGACGAUGCUAUGGACGUCGUGAGGUAUCUCGAGCUUUUGGAGCAGUUGUUCAAGGGCAUUGUCAAAACCGAUCGAGCCAAGAAAAUCUAUGCGACUCGUUAUAUAGACGACCCUAUUCUGAAAAGACAAUGGGAAGCUAUACCAGAGUAUGCGACUAGUACUUGGAACGAUUUCAAAAGAGCAGUACUCAGGUACUAUCCGGAAGGAGAAGGCCUAAGCCGCGGAAGUCGACCUAGACUUAUGGAUGUCUUUAAACGCCAUCGCGAGAUAUCCCAAGUAAAUGUCGGACGAAUGGCUAGACUCGCCUUAGCUAUCCGACCCGAGGCAGAAGGACUGGAAGCGUUGCAGAAAGAGACAGGACAUGUUCUGGUCACCAACCGAGAGAUAGUCUCCAACAUCCUAGGAUGCUUAAGUCCAAACUUCCGAGACGCCUUACGGUUCAGACUCACUCUAGAAGAGUCUAAACCUGCUACAGAGGCAGCCGGUACGACUAGCAAACGGGAUUGGUAUGGGGAAACGCUCGAAGAUAGGGUACCUUGGGGACGUGUCUUAGAAAUUGCACAAGACUUGACCAGGCAAACUGGAGCUCACAACGCCUACGGCGGAUUUUCUUCUUCAGAGGAUAGAGACUAUGAUCGAAACCUCUAUCGAAAUCCACCGGCAGCCUCUACUCCAGCGGCAGCUGUGAAGUCGGAACCCACAGACAGUGAUUUCCGUUCGUUUUGCAAAAGCCCAUGA